CACAUAGAGCCGAGUCAAGGGCAAAGGGGUAACCGGUGAAAGGAAAGAAGUUCCUGGAAACAGCAGAGGUGGGACGCCGCGGUUCAAACUGCGAGAUUCCUCAGAGGCUUGACUUCUCUGCUCAGUGCACAGCCAUCACAAACUGAGAGAAACACGGCAGUUGAUCUCCUGUUGUCAUCCAGAUUACAUUCACAGCUCGGCGGACUGCAGGAGCGAUUCAUCCUGACAUGUCACUUUGGUUAAAGUGUUUGCGACAACAGCAAUAGGUAUGAGCACUGCAUCAUCAUAAAGCACAUUUUACAAACUGCUGCUCCUUGGAUCAACUUCCUCAUGAGCCUCUCGUGACUUUCCUUCAGCCAUGAGUGGAAAAAGUUGUCAGCUCCUGGUGUCUCCUUGCAGCGUGUCCCCGUCACUGAGCAUGAUCAGAGGACACCAGUCCCAGUCCAUCAGGCUGCCCAUGUCCUCCCCGCAACUGGCCGAUCUAAGUCCCUCCUCGGGCAUGGAGAAAGUGACAAGAGGAGCCAUCCACUCCUUUGCUUCUGGGAAACAGAGCGGAAGCCAUGUUGUGCUGCCAACCCUGAGCCUCCGCAGACAGGUGCUGACCAACGGGAAACAUCUGAACAUAUCAACUGCAUCCCCACAGCAGCAAGUGCCUAUACAUCAUCCUACAACCAAAGCAGUGACAGCUACUGUACAAACUGGACGUUGCUCCUCUAACAGCUUCAAAGCAGCUUGCUCGGUGUUUGGAGCUACCAUGGAAGUUCUUGGUCAGCCAGCCGCUGCUAACCUGACAGUGACCAGCAGUCCCAUGACUGUUGUGACAGGCCAACGAUAUACUGCACAACAUCCUCCGUCACAUCCACACAGUGUGCAGAUUCCCCACACUGACGCCAGAUCCGUACAGUCCAGAGAAUCCCUGGCAUCCACUACUCUGAGUCUGUUUGAAACACAGUCAGUGUUCAGUGGCAGACACGACUGGUCGUACGGCUACCGUGUGCUUCCUCCAUUGGGUCAGUGCUCCAACCAGGCAAGCGAGGGAGGGGAGCAGCUCAGCCUCCCACCUGGCACAGCCAUGUCCGGCACAACCAUAUCAGGUGGCACUAGCACCUCUGCUUCCCUGCCCUCGUACCUCUUUGCAUGUGAUGCCGGGAGCCCCAGACAGUCUCGUGCAAAAAAGAGAGCUCUCUCCAUGUCGCCUUUGUCGGACGUCAUGGGUAUUGAUUUCAACUCCAUCAUACGCACAUCACCUACUUCACUCGUGGCUUAUAUCAAUGGUUCCCGCAGCUCUCCAGCUUCCCACCCUACACUCUCACCUGUCCACUCUGAGGGGUACGGUCACUUCCUGGGUGUGAGAGGCAGCUGCAUCCCCCACACCCAUCCCUACAGCACACCAGGCUCUUCACAGGCUCUGGCCCCACAGACAGAUUAUGGCCGUAUGCAGCUGCUUGAAGAGGGAGGGGGUCUGGAGAGCCAGAUGGCGAACAUGGUGGUGGACCAGCAGUGUCUCCCAGAGGAAGGAGGGGCACUGGAGAGGACUUCAGGGAGCUGCAGCCAAACCACCAACAACCUGCUGCCUCCUCCACAGUUGCAGCCAACACUGCUGACUACCAUCCAAGAAGCUGCUACUCCACAGGGGCCUCCACCACCCUACCACUCACACCAGCACAUCCACCUCACUAGACGUCACUGCAAAAUAAAGCCGCCCUCUCAGGACCCUCUCACACACGCUCCCAUGGUCCCUACCAGGCAUGGGAUGAGCUUUCUACCACAGGUCCCUAUGCUGGAGGAGGAAGAAGGGGAGCUGGAGGACUAUGGGGCCCACUGCUGCAGGUGGUUGGACUGCAGUGCAGUGUAUGACCAAAGGGAGGAGCUGGUAAGGCACAUAGAAAAACUACAUGUGGAUCAGAGGAAGGCAGAGGAUUUCGCAUGCCACUGGGUGGGCUGUCCACGCAACUUCAAGCCCUUCAAUGCUCGAUACAAGCUUCUUAUCCACAUGAGGGUCCAUUCAGGAGAGAAACCCAACAAGUGCACGUUCGAGGGCUGCAAGAAGGCUUUCUCUCGGCUGGAAAAUCUGAAGAUCCACCUACGUAGCCACACAGGGGAGAAACCGUACGUGUGUCAGCACCCAGGAUGUCACAAGGCCUUCAGCAACUCGAGUGACAGAGCCAAACACCAGCGUACACACCUGGACACAAAGCCAUAUACGUGCCAGGUGCCUGGCUGCGCAAAGCGUUACACUGAUCCCAGCUCCUUGAGGAAACACGUGAAAUCCCACUCUACUAAAGAACGGCAGUUGCGGAAGAAGAUGAAAUCCACUGCUGAUGUGCCUCAGGACACACUGACGGACUGUUUAACCAUCCAUCCUCUGCAACCAAGCCUUUCUCCCCUGACGAGGAUAGACCCUUCCCCUGGUGCAUCCCAUGAGUGUAUACCAGAGUAUUCUGCUGCUCCACAGGGGCGAGACUCCACCAGCAAUCCUCACCUGGCUCUGUUGUGCUCCUUGCAAGACAAUUACAGGUUUGUUGAUCCCUCCCCCCACCAGCUCCCCCCCGGGGACCAAUGCGGGCCCUGCUCUCCCACCCGCCUCCCGCAUCCUCCCAAUGGGACAUCCCUGCAGAACAACCGAGAUCUGAAGCAGCCCAGCCAGCCUCCCGACAUAGCAGAUCACAAUCCAGAGCUCUCGGGGCAGAUUAAGAUGCUAUAUUCUCCCCCACAAUAUGGAGGGAUCACAGCACAGACCGGCUCGAGUCACCUGAUGCAAGUUGAUGCCUUUGGUGACAGCCUCGCUCAGGCAGUCAAUAAUCCCAGUGGGGUGGCCACCUCACAAACAGCUCUUUCCUGCAUUACAGCAGGAUUUGAUGUCCGCAGCCAGGCGCAGGAUGGGGCUCCUAAUCAAGAGCUGCAUGGAGGGGAUUUCUUCAGUGUGGUGGACCACCGCACAAGCCAGGUGUCCUGCAUCUACACAGAGGGAUGAUGUUACUCCGAUGUUGGUUUUGUUCCCUUGCACUAUUUUGUGGCCCCUUUCAUUUAGUCAAACAGUCUAUAGGAAGAACACUUUAGAUAGCAAACUGGUGGCAGCUUCAUUUAGUGAAAUAAAAGCAUAUUUGAUUGAUUGAUUGGUCGAUUGAUAAAACAGUCCAAGAUGCUGCUCCCUGGGUCUUGAAGGAAAUGACUCACAUUCGCAAUGCAAGUUUCUCUCUCUCUUUGACGAAAUCUCUAUAAAUGUACUAUCUGACUCAACACUCCGGCUUCUGCUUCCAUAAUCACUGUAUACUAAUGUCUGAGCCUACAGGAUUUUUUUUUUUACGUUUACUUCCUCAGUUUGUAUACAGCUUGUGUAUAACAACGUUAAUGUAGUGAGUACUUCAGGUAGUUUAUGGUGUCAUUUUGCACAAUGUUCAGCAUUGCAAUCAAAGCAAUGUAUGCAAGGGAUCAUUUAUUAAGGUUUUUCUUAGAACCAUGGCUUUGUAACUAUAGUAACAAGACAGCCUCACCAUUUCACUGUAAUGUUCAGAGACUUAACCUGUUGUUUAGAGUAUAGUACUGUAAUGCACUUUGAUUGCUCCUGUGCCUAGAUCAUGAAACAAUGACCGUACCAGUGAUUUUA